AUGACACUUUCUCAAGAAUCAAUUAAAUAUGGUCGAGAUUGUGUUCAAUCCUUACUUGAAAAUCAAUGUCGAAUUCCGAUUCGGGCAAUAACACCAAUUAGUUUUUAUUAUAACACAUCAGAUAAUUUAAUAGAAGAAGCUGAUUAUUAUUAUAAAAAUAAUCAACCAGAACAAAGUUUUAUUCUUUAUUCAAGAUAUAUAACAUUAUUUGUGGAAGAACUUAAAUUACAUCAUCCAGGUUACGCAAAAGCAUCAGUGAAUGAUCGAGAACGUGUUAAAGAAAUUAUUCGAUCGAAAGCUUUUCCACGUGCAGAAGAAUUAAAAUUGAAAUUACAAGACAAAUAUGCAUCUGAACAUGACAUGAAACAAAAAUCAAUUCAAGAAGAAAAGAAUGAAAAAAUUUCAGCUGCAUCAUUGAGCAAACCAUCGACUACUUUUCAUAAUGAAAAUGAACAUACACUUCAACAACUUAAAACAAACUAUACGCAAAUACCACCAGCAAAUGUUGCCUUAUUUACUGUACCACCAACUGAUAAUAGUCAUCCAAAAAAUUUUAACGAACCUAUCAAACCUACUUAUGAUCGUUCACAAAAGCCAAUACCAAGUUCGACAAAUGCUAGUAUGACAAUAUUUCGUCGAAUUACUGUUCCGAAUGAUAUUACACCAAAAUUUCUUCAAGUUGCACAACGAAAUACAGAACGAAAAAUUGAAACUUGUGGUAUUCUUGCAGGCGUCAGGAGAAACGAUCAAUAUAUAAUAACACAUAUCGUCGUACCAAAACAAAAUGGUGGACCAGAUUCAUGUGAUACAGAAAAAGAAGAAGAAAUGGUUGAAUAUAUUUCUAAUAAUGAUUUAAUAACACUUGGUUGGAUUCAUACACAUCCAACACAAACUGUUUUUUUAUCAAGUGUUGAUCUUCAUACACAUUUACCUUAUCAAAUGUUAAUGCAAGAAGCAAUUGCGAUUGUUAUUAGUCCAAAAUACAAUGAAACUGCAAUCUUUUCAUUGACAACAGAUACAGGUAUCCAGGUUAUAUCUACAUGUAAAAAAACAGGUUUUCAUGAACAUAUCAAUCACCCACCAUUAUUUCUACCUGCAAGUCAUACAGUUUAUGAUCCUGCUCUUCAAUGUAAAAUGGUCGAUCUUCGAAAUUAA